AAAAGAGCCUCGUAUCACUGGUCCCACAUUCACCCAAACAUUGAAGCGGCGAUGUCUGUAUACUAUUACGAACCCUUCUACCACUUUGACCGUCUCCUCGACGCGUUCGGCAGUCGCCCUAUCGGGCAACAACUGACAACGACGGACGGGCCUACGACGGCAGUCUUCAGGCCAAAAAUGGACCUGCACGAAGACUCGGCCAAGAACACCGUAACCGCCUCCUUUGAGCUUCCCGGCCUCAAGAAAGAGGACGUGGACAUCGACGUGCAUGAUGGCCGCCUCACCAUCUCUGGUGAGGUCAAGGUCUCGUCGGAGCAAGAAGAGGAAGGCUAUGCUGUUCGUGAGCGCAAGUACGGCAAAUUCUCGAGGAUGUUGAGGCUUCCUCAGGGAGUCAGGGAGGAGGAAAUCAGAGCCUCCUUUGAAAAUGGCUUGUUGACGGUGACGUUCCCCAAGGCGGCAGCUGAGACUGUGCCCAAGAAGAUUACGAUCUCUUGAGUAAAACGUUGAUUUGAAUGUCGGACAUUGUAUCAGUAGUAUCAACCGAAAUUUGUACGUUUUCUAGUCAAUCAUACUGGAUGUGCCACCUUGUACUUGAGCCAGAGUUAUCACG